AGUUACAGGCUUGACUCGUAGGGCACCGAGGCUAUUACAAUCACGCUGAUUGGAGGGUUUCGCACGCGGCACCGGGGCCUCAGAGAGGGCCGAGGAGGGGAGGAACACGAUGGAAGCCCACUGGAGAUGCAGUUCCGCGACGGCCGGCCCAUCGGUGGAGCCCUCUCGUUGAUACUGAGCGGCGGCACCGGCUGUGAUAUAAUACCCCGGGAGGGUUCCACGCUCGAGAAAAGGGGCUGUAGAUCCCGGGAUGCGUCACAGUGCCGCAGCCACGCCCCGGCGAGUGACAUACUGGCCGAGUCCGCCGCUAUUCAAGCAGCCAUCAUCCCUAUGCCGGUGCGAGAUUCGAUCAUCACCGCCCAAAGCAAACCUCAUCGUUGCGGUGCCGGCUGCCUGCCACACCUGACAGGACGGAACACCGGGCGGAAGCAUUCCCGUCGUCCGCCCCAUUCGCACACCAACCCCCGACUAGACAGACCCUUGCCGACAACAGCCUUUCCAUCAAGACAACGCAGCGCAGUCCUGGCAGGCUGUGGCCUACAAACAAGAUGCACAGUCAUGACAGCCUCGAUGCGCACGACUCGCGCGAUACCCUGCUCAGCAGGUUACUACUACUACUACCACUACUACGCGCACGUUGGCCAGCACCGCAAAUAGGGGCCCAGUAGUUCACCAAGACUGUCCGUUGGCAGUCAAUUUGACGACAUGGACGUAUGCUUGCCGCUUGCCAUCGCACCCCCGCGUCUGGCAGAUCUGGUGGCCACGGGAGCAUAUAGCCGCCAUGCUGCUGGUUUCAGAGAGUAAAAUAAAACAUGCUGUUAACCGUCUUGGCCAUGAGCUCGAAGAGGUAUGAUAUUCGCCUAGGUAGUCUCGAACGACGUAGGUGAUAUUCC